AUGGAAGAGGAUAAAGUGGAGAUGUUUCACUAUCAUCUUGAUUACUACCUGGAAACUGAAGAUCAGUUUCUACAAUCUGAUAUCGUUAUAGAAGAAUCUAAGAUCCAGGAAGUCAUAGUGCCGGUUAUUAAAAGGGACUUUCUAAAGGUCAAUCCUGAAAUGGGACGUUUUGAGGUGAAGGAACCAAAGCUAGAGUUUAAGUGCGAAAUUUGUGAAUCGAGUUUCAACACUAAACGUGGCCUGCAGGUGCACAAUUACUCGCAUUCUAAAAAGGGGCAUCGUCAGCACCACCCAAAAAAAGUUCGAAAAGAACACUUUUGCGAGAAGUGCAACAAAUUUUACAAAUCCAGCAUGGGAAUUUGGUAUCACAAGCGGACAGUUCAUGUCAACAAACCCGUGAUAUUGAGCUGUAUUUACUGUGGCAAUACUUAUGAGAAAUACACCGGAAUGAACAGCCACAUGAAGACACGACAUCGAGGACUUCCGAGAAAGAAAGGAGCAAUUCCCGAGUGCAGCCUCUGCAAAAUGGUCUGUAAGAGUAUUGAAGAUCUGAAAGAACACGUGGAGGUAAAGCAUUCACUUGAGGAUCGGUUUAAAUGUGGUGUUUGUGGUUGGAAGACAAGUUACAAAUAUAUGCUAAGAAAUCAUAUGAAAAUGAGACAUGGAUAUACAGAAGGUCGCAUCAGAGAUCAUAUGAAAGCUAAAAAGGAUAUGAGUGAGCAUGAUAGACAUCUAGAGUGUGAGAUUUGCAAUCAAACAUUUAAAACGAAGAGAACCUUGAAAAACCACAUGGAAACGCAUUUUAUUCCUGCCAAGGAAAAUUACUUAAAAUGUUUGUAUUGCCCGAAGAGUUUCUACAGAUUGAUGAAUUUAAGAGAACACGCCAGAUACUAUCAUCGCGGCCUUUCUGCUCGUCCUACAGGUCCGCCCUUUAAGUGCACAUGCUGCGCGGAAGAAUACGAAAGGUUGGAUGAUUUGGUAAAACAUGUAGUGAUUCAUAGAAGAUUGUAAUAAUGUGAAACGCUCUCUUAGCUAAUUUGAAAUAAAAUGAAGU